CAGAAAUGUGGAACAGACAUCUUCUUAGAGCGUUGGAGUUUUUGCACGAUCGUCUCUCUAUAUAAGUAUCCGAUUGAUCAUCAGCUGAAGUUUCAGUUCGACUUUGACUUCCGCGUACUCGAUUGUCAAAGAUGAAGUGUGUAACAAUUUUGUUCAGUGUUGCCCUCAUCUUGGCCUGUGGCGAGGGUGCCGUCAUUCCUUGGGUCAUACCGGGUGGAGUUCCAGUAGCUAUUGCAGCCCCAGAAGGUUUAGCCAUUCCAGGGGCAACCGUGGUCCAAUCGAAUCCUCCGCCGAUUCCAGUUGCCGUCGUAAUUCCUGCCCCUGCACCACCUCCAGCGAUUACAGUAGAUAACAGUUCUGGAACACCGGUGAUUCUAGCUCCAGCUGCUCCACCAGUGGUUUUGCUCCCGGCUCCACCAGCUGUAGUGGCUCCUGCUCCUCCAGCUCCAGUGGCCACUUCCGUUUCGGCUACACGUGGAGCUGUCCACGUGGCACCACUUCCCGGUCAUUCUGUUUCGCAGCAACAGCUCAAUCUGGCUCCGGCUCCCGGAACUUAGGAUCUAAACCUAGUCAUUUGGACGUCAUUGACAAUUCAGCCAUUCCUCCAGCUAUAUUUUAUAACUGUCAUUAUGUGAGAAAAAACAUCAGUAUGAAAACCUCUACCACUACAAGCAAAUGAACCAAUUAUGGAUUCGACUUAAAA